UCUUCAGCCACUACACUUAGAAAUUUGGAGUCGGAUCGGCGUUGCUGGAAGUUCCUGCCGAACUAGGGUUUACAGGAAGAAGAAGAAGAAGAAGAUACAAAGAUUAGCAGAUAUGAUGCAGCCUGAUAAUGCUCUAGCUGUAGUUGGUCCAAGGCCAAUGGAAUGGUCAUCAGCCAUUCCGCAUAAUGGUAAGCAACAAAGAACAUCGAGUUUAGAAUCUCCCAUUAUGCUAUUAUCCGGCCAUCAAAGUGCAAUCUACACCAUGAAAUUCAACCCAACUGGAACCAUAGUUGCAUCAGGCUCACAUGACCGCGAAAUCUUCCUAUGGAAUGUCCACGCCGAUUGCAAAAACUUCAUGGUUCUAAAAGGCCAUAAGAAUGCAAUCCUCGAUCUCCAAUGGACAACCGACGGUUCCCAACUAAUAUCCACUAGUCCCGACAAAACCCUAAGAGCAUGGGAUGUCGAAAUCGGAAAACAAAUUAAGAAAAUGGCUGAACACUCCUCCUUCGUCAACUCGUGUUGCCCGUCUAGGCGAGGCCCGCCUCUCAUUGUCAGCGGUUCCGAUGACGGAACGUCGAAAUUAUGGGACAUGCGUCAGAAAGGCGCGGUACAAACUUUCCCAGAUAAGUAUCAAAUCACGGCGGUUAGUUUCUCCGACGCUUCCGAUAAAAUCUACACGGGUGGGAUUGAUAACGACGUGAAAGUGUGGGAUCUUCGUAGAAAAGAGGUUGUGAUGACGCUCCAAGGUCAUCAAGAUAUGAUCACGGGUAUGCAAUUGAGCCCUGAUGGUUCUUAUCUUUUGACGAAUGGAAUGGAUGGGAAGCUUUAUAUAUGGGAUAUGCGCCCUUACGCACCUCAGAAUCGAUGUGUGAAGAUUCUCGAAGGGCAUCAACAUAAUUUCGAGAAGAAUUUGUUGAAGUGUGGUUGGUCACCCGAUGGGAGUAAAGUUACGGCUGGGAGUUCUGAUAGAAUGGUUUAUAUUUGGGAUACGACUUCGCGUCGGAUAUUGUACAAGUUGCCUGGGCAUACAGGUUCGGUUAAUGAAUGCGUUUUUCAUCCAACUGAACCGAUUGUUGGAUCUUGCAGUAGCGAUAAACAAAUCUAUCUCGGGGAAAUCUGAGGAGUUGGACAACAAGGUAUGGUAGAAUUUCAUGCUUGUUUUAUAUUUUAGAACCGUAUUAUAUAAUACACUAUUCGAGAACAAGGAUGAGGGAUUUGUUGUCUUGUAUUUGUUUGGUUAUUAUUCGGUUCAAAUGUUGGUUUAAAAGCGUUUUUAAGGAUUGCAAAUUUUAGUUUUGCUUUAUGGAA